UCAAAGGUAGACCAAGCAAGCUCCCCAUGACUCAUUGAUUUCCAGUUGCUUCUUUAUUCAAACCCCCUCAGCUACGCCAUUGUUAAACCCUUUAAAAACAAGAAAUUAAAAAGAAGAGAGAACAAUACAAAAACAGAGCAUGGCUUGCUUUCUUCCUUUCAACGACAGGAAUUUAGACGUAACCUUCUUUGUAUUUAAACCAACGGUUGUUCUCGUCGAUGAACUCACCGAAUCAUUGAAACGGUUCUGCGUUUGCACGGAAGAUCUGGGUUGUAUUCAAAGUUCUAUUCUCAAGAGCAUUCAUGGCAAUCUGAUCAUAUGGUAUGGAGGCUGGGUGAAGAAAUCUACUGAAAACAAAGAAGAUUUGAUUAAAACCCUACUAUCAAUGUUAACAAGCAUGUCAAGCAUGGCCAUUUUAACCGAACAUAGUUUCUUUGAUUCAUACGCCGGAGAGUCUAAAGACGGCUCGAAUGCGGCCAAGUUCUCCAAUGGCGACGUGAUCUCGAUGAACCUGAUUUCGUCGCCGUCUUUCAGUAAAUUACAGGACGUCACCUACGCGAACUUAGCUAUAUUCAAGUCAAGUUUCUCGAAGAUGGAGGGAGCAACAUCAGGUGUUUGCUUGAAAUGCCAAACCAUGCCAAUGGUAGCUUGCCUUUAUGUAUGGAAAUCACUUCUCCAUUGCUAUUCAUGGAUCCUGACCUGCGAUUAUCGGGAAAACGUGUUGCCGUACCUCGACGGAUUUUCAUCGAGCGUUAAGUAUGAUCUCUUCUGGGUCGUCUAUGUAAGAGGAAAUGGAGAAAUAGAGAAUUAAAGAAUGUUUCUUACCAACAACAAGUUAGUUUAGUGGAACGAGACACUAGGUCUCUUAAGUAAGGUCAGGGGUUUGAAUAUUGACGUUUGUGAAUGGAGCAAACUGAGUUGGAAGGGUUGCCUUUGUCUCUG